AUGAUAACCAAGCCAAGAGAUUAUUUCGAUGAAUCAUUCCUUCUAAACUGCAACCACUCAUUCAAUCCCCCAGUACUAACUUUCCCGAGGAGUAACAUUUCCAUACUCAACAUCUCAAUACCUGAAGGUGAAUUGAAAGUUGCAGGUCCUGUAUCCCAUGACUGCUACAAUGAACUUGGCAAUAUUACGCUGAACAACAGCGACACUCUCACUUCCAUGUUUACGUUUUCUAAUUUUUCCUUAUCAACUACGAGGAACAUGUUCACCGCGGUUGGCUGCGACACCGUCGGGGUCAUAGCAGGCACACCGGGGGGUAGAAACUACACAACUGGUUGUGUAGCACUCUGUAAUCAAAUCGAGGAUGUGAGAAACGGGUCGUGCAAUGGAGUUGGCUGCUGUCAGAUGUCUAUUCAAGAUGGAGUACGGGAUUUCGCUACAAGUAUCGGAAGCUUGAACAACCAUACCGAGGUGCACAGUUUCAAUCCGUGUGGAUAUACUUUCGUAGCGGAUCGAAGUUACAACUUUUCGUCUUUAGAUCUUGUGGACUUCCAGAACAGAGAGACUGUCCCAGUUGUGCUUGAUUGGAGUGUUGGGAAUGGGACAUGUGAAGCAGCUAAAGAAAAUCUUACAGGGUAUGCAUGUCAGGCAAUGCACAAUGACUGUGUGAAUUCAAGUAACGGUGGAUAUCGCUGCACAUGCUCUGAAGGCUUCGAUGGAAAUCCAUAUCUGCUUGAUGGUUGCCAAGAUGUUAAUGAAUGUGAAAGUUCAAACCCCUGCUCUGAUAAUGCAACGUGCGAGAACUUGGUUGGAAGCUUCAAUUGCAUAUGUGCGGAAGGACAUGGAGGGGAUGGGAAGAGAGAUGGAACAGGGUGUAGUCCUGAACAGGAUCGUGAGGAUCAAACUCUAAAGCUUGCUAUUCCGCUUGGCAUCUGCAUAGGCCUAUUGUUACUUGUUGUGGGGGCUUCUUGGAUUUAUUGGGUAUUGAAGAAAAGAAAGCUCAUCAAACUUAAAGAGAAAUUCUUUCAACAAAAUGGUGGCAUGCUGCUACAGCAACAGCUCGCUCAAUACAGAGGAUCUGUAGAGACAGCUAAAGUUUUUACUGCAGAAGAACUCAACAAGGCUACCAAUAACUAUGACGAAAGUAGAAUCAUUGGCCAAGGAGGCUACGGAACGGUAUACAAAGGAGUGCUAACAGAUAACAAAUUGGUUGCCAUUAAGAAGUCCAAAAUUGGUGAUCAGAGCCAAAUUGAGCAAUUCAUCAAUGAAGUUAUUGUGCUUUCCCAAAUUAACCAUCGAAAUGUGGUGAAGCUAAUAGGUUGCUGCUUGGAGACAGAAGUUCCCUUACUAGUUUACGAAUUUAUUACAAAUGGAACUGUUUCAGAUUAUAUUCAUGGCAAAGCUCAAUACUCCUCACUUUCAUGGGAAAUGCGUCUGAAAAUAGCUAGAGAAACAGCAAGUGCACUUGCAUACUUGCAUUCAUCAACUUCUAUGCCAAUCAUACACAGAGAUAUCAAGACUACAAACAUUUUGCUCGAUGACAACUACACAGCGAAGGUUGCUGAUUUCGGAGCUUCAAGGCUAGUUCCACUUGAUCAGACUCAACUGACCACUUUGGUGCAGGGAACAUUGGGAUACUUGGACCCAGAAUACUUUCAUAGCAGCCAAUUGACAGAAAAGAGUGAUGUGUAUAGUUUUGGAGUUGUUUUAGCAGAGCUACUAACAGGGGAGAAGGCGCUUUCUUUUGAUAGACCAGAGGGUGACAGAAAUCUAGCAAUGUACUUCGUUUCGUCGAUGAAAGAUGAUCGUUUGCUACAAAUUCUUGACAAUCAUAUGGAGGCUAAUGAGCGAACUAUUCAAAAGCUGAAGGUGGUUGCUGAUGUUGCAAAAGGUUGCUUGAGAGUGAGAGGAGAAGAAAGGCCUACUAUGAAGGAGGUGGCAGCAGAGUUAGAAGGUUUAAGUAAAGCAAUGCAUCCAUGGGAGGAAGAUGAUAAUUUACAAGCAGAAGAGGCUGAAUCUCUCAUUAAGCCUUCGAAUCCUCAUUUGGAUGAAGAUAAUCAUGGUGCAAGUGCUAGCAAUACAACUAUAGGGUUCGACAGCAUGAAACAUCACAUAAUAAUGCCAUAUGAUGAUGGGCGAUAAUGCAUGAUUAAUAUAAAAACAUGUGUACAAGUUCAUUUAAAAUGUCUUGUCAAAAAACAAAAGUUAUUUAAAAAGUAUUAUCAGGGAUUUGUUUGUAUUUUUAAGUUUUCUUGCUUUUUAAGAGGCUAAACAGUGUGACCGAGAAAAUAGUGAAAAGUAAUUUUAAUUUUCUUUUUUAAAUAGUUCUGGCUAGAUGAUUUCAUUUGAUAAAAACUCAUAAAGAAGAGAAUAUAUAUUAUAUAACGAUGGACCAGCAGGUAUGUAUAGUUUCCGUUUAAGUUUUCUUUUUCUAAAUGACUGCAAUAAUAAAUGGCUUCAUUAUCUCCCCCAAUGUAAACUGAUCUCUUGUAAAGAUUCUUUUCAAUUCGAUUAAAAAUAAAAAAUUCUUGUUGAUUAAAA